AUGCCGCAUGAAACGGCCGCCAUUUACGGCAAGAAAGGCAGCAAGGGCGUCCUCCACGGAAGCAUUCAUCGCGCCAAGGGCAUCCAGGGCAGCACAGUCGGUUUUUUCAAAACAACUGAUCGCCUGCGAAACAGGCGAAAAACGUUUUCAAGCGGCUUUGCUGCGGAUCGGGGUGCUGUAGGGCCCCUGAUGCAAAUUCAGAGAGACACCCUGUGGAGGCAGCCAACCCUUUUCGCCAAGCUCAGAAGUCUCGAAAGCACGAAGAGACGCUCUCCGACGCGUCUCAUUCGUCUUGAGGUGUCGAGACACCUUGAUGGCAACAACUCCACAGGCCGCUGGAUACGUAGAUCUGGAGUCAAGGCGGAGGUCUGUGCUUCCCGAGAAUCCUUUGCACCACAGGCACAGACGAAGCUCGCCUUUCCCCCUCCCACCCUUGCGCGCCUCGGCAUCAAUCCCGCAAAAUCUACCCGUCUAGCAGCAGUUCGAAGCGUGCCGUCAGGAGGCGCCAGAUCUCUUGCAGGAGACGUGCGACAGACACCCACCUUCUUCGGUCUACCGCUGGAAAACGUCGAGCUACAGAGAGUGGGAUCUGCUCCUGUAGAGGUGCUGCAGCAGUUUUCUUCGCUUGCAGGGAGCGUCGCUGGAAUACUCACGGGCAGAGCUUCACAAGACACGUGCACGACCCCCCAGGCAGCAUGUGCAGUCUCCUUGCAGUGCGCGCGAAACUUGAAGGCAGCCGCGGCAGACGCAUCCCCUUCCCCUCCCGACGCUGGAUCGGAUGGCGCUGGCACGGCUAGCUCUGCUCGCGCGAAUCGCGGCGGAGCCACGCAGUAUGCGCCUUCUCUGGAUUCAGAGAAGCUUCAUGCUGUCUCAAGAGCGCAGGAGGAAGCCUCCCCCGUAGCCGCCCAUGCCGGACCGCAGUUCUAUGCUGCAGUGUGUUCGCGAAAGGGUUAUUCGCCUACAUCGGCAGCAGCAGCAGCCACAGCAGCAGCUCAGCCGUCGGAUGGCUCACCCCUAAGCACGCCUCUGCGCUAUGUGUGUAUCGAGCUCAAGCCGAAAUGCGGCCUCCCCGAAGUUCCUAAGGGCUUUCCGAGCAGGUUCGCGAUGCAUCAAGAGUACAAGCAGCAGCAGCAGCAGCAGCAGCAAGAGUCGCCGCUUGCAUGCGCAUCCCGCCGCUCUGCGUUCGCGCCACAAAAGUUCUUUGCAGGCAUCGGCAGUGCUGGACGUGGGCUGUACAGACAGUUGCAGCGCCUACAGGACGCUCCGCAAAACAACUUGCGCGUCUUUGUCGACGGGGAGCCCACAAAUGUUGCUUCAAAAGGGCUCAGCUUUCCGCUUUCCCGCUUCCCCUGCAGCUGCCAGCAUGGAGAAAGCUGCGCUGAGCUCGCAGGCGGCGGCAGCGGCGUAGACUUGGAGCGACUGCUGGUGGAGACGCUUGCGCAGCACUGGAAGCUUUUCGCUGGUCUGUUGAGGCUGCAAGCGUUUGCUGCCGGCCAGCAUCACGUCGCACAGCAGCUGCUCAGCCAUCUGCUCACACUGGGAGCGCAGCAGCACGUCACGCCACGGCGCAAGCAAGCACCUAGCUCCUUAAGCCGAGCUUCCCCGUGCAGACGCGGCUCAAGAACGGCAGCUGUAGCAGCUGUAGCGGCAGCAGCACCAAGGGAAGCGGCUUCCCUAGCAGACGGCGGAGCGCAGGCUGCGAGGAAGCGUCUCGAAGGGGCCUUGACAGAGGGCAGAGGAGCGCUCACACGGUUUCAUGGAAGAUCGUUCGCUCCAUACAACGAUGGCGAGCUGGAGGGCAGCUCAAGCAAGACAUACGAAGAGCAAGAGAUCUGCCGCGCCUCCUGGCUAGUGCUGCAAAAUUAUCUCGAAGUAAAAGUCUACGAAGAGUCUCUUGCAUGCCCGCAAUGCGAUUCGCGAACUUCUACGUCUAGGCAGCUGUCUGCUGCUUCUCAGCCUUUUUCUGAUGGCACCCUGCUGAAGCCUACGUCAGACCAUCGUAGAGGUCACGGAUUUAGGAGGCUACGCAGAAGCGUCCAUCGAAUAUUGUUGAAGAGGGCUGUGCAGCGGUGGCUCUGCCGCUUCCUUCUGGGCCGGAGCGCAAUGGAUGUUAGCAUCCUCAUCAACUUCGCAAUCUUCCCUUCCUGUGAGCACAGUUCUGUUGGUUUGCACCGGCCUGCGUGCUCGUGCAUCUUGCAGCAGGCUAAGCACGCAUCGGGUGGUGCUCUACUUUAUCCAUGA